GGAUUAUACUAUGUAUCAAAUUAAUAUACACAAAACAGUUAUAAAAAACAAGUGUAGUUCAUGUAAGUUGAAAUUAAAAUAUGAAAUAUAUCUAUUAAUUUAGAUACUAUUUGAUAAUUGAAUGUAAAUAAGAAUAGAUUGGAAUUAACUUCCGAAUUAUCGUUAUUAAUUCCUUAUCAGUGACCAGUCAUACAGUUGAUUCAGUGCUAUGAAAUAUGAACUAUAAUUUAUAAUAAAGUGGGUCAGGACUUAGCCUAAAAAAAAGUUAUCAUUGUGUUAUCAGUUCAAUGAUAAUCAUAUAAUGAUGGAACAGCACAGCUUAUAGUUAGUAAUAGUAAGCCGUAAAUAAUUAUUUUGAAUAUUUUAAUGUAGUAAGCCUAUACUGAUACUUUUACUAUUUUAUUUUUAACACUAACACUAUAACUAUAGUAUAUUUCUUUAAAAUCAAAAGUUUUAAAAUUAACAUGGUUGUAAUUAUUAGCAUAAAUUAAUGCAAUAUUUAUAAUACAUUAUACUAUUUCUAUUAGUAUUAGGAAGAUAUUUUAAAAUAAUCCCUCUGUCAGCAACUGAUCACUUACAACUUACAUUGCAAUCUCAUUGGGUGUGAUUUAUCUUAGGCUUAAAAGCCUUCUUAAUUUUUAUAUAUUAUUUUUUAUAAUGAAUAUUUUAAGUUAACAGUAUUAACAGUUGUGUAUGAGUCACUAUUAACAGUAUUAACAGUUGUGUAUGAGUCACUAUAUGAUCAUUUAUUCUUUGUCACACUUUAACUUUGUGUUUAACAUUUUCCAAAUCAUAAAGUAGAGUCAGGGUGUAAGUAAUUUAAUAACUAACAAUGCCUUGACUCACAAGUUUUAUUAUAAAUAUUUGGAAAUAUUAUCACCCCCAGUGCUUAAAUGAAAAUUUUGCCAGAAUUCUAGUAAAAGUGAUCAUGUUGAGAAAGCAGGGCAAAAUGUCAGACAAUAUGUAAUUUAGCCUCAAUUUCAUAACUUCUUACCAAUUAUCCUGUCUAUAAUAUAGACAGGAUAAUUCAUGGACAUAAGGCAGAGUAUAUAAAUGAAAAGUUGUUUAGCAUACUAAAUUCAAUAGUUACAGCAUUUGUAUUGCAACUGGAUGAGUUAACUUUCUAGACAUUGAAACUUUCUUUCUGACUUGUGUAAAGUUUUAUAACUGAUGAUAAUUGUGAUCACGUGUUGUUAUUUGCAAGACAGCUAGAAAACAAAAUAUAUCUUCCUUACUUUGGUAUCAAAAUUAACUAUAUGAAUGCAAAAACCGUCUUGAGGCAUACUAAUUUCCAAACCUGUCGAGCUAGAAGAGAAAGAUGAAAUUCAUUAUGAUUAUCUGUAAUUACUUUGUGAUCAUUUGAAUAUGCUACUUAAUGAUAUUCUGAGCAAUUUUAUGUUUUCUUUUGAUGGUAAUAAAAAAUGAUUAAAUGAUGAAUUAAUUUUCAAUUUUGAAAUAGUUAAGGAAGAUGAGGUGGGGCUAGUUCAGACAAAAUAUAACACCACAAGUUUCGGCUUCAGAAAAAAAGAUCAUGUUUGUAUCACUAUUCUGCACAAUAGGCUUUGGUUAAGAAGAACUUUGUUGCAUUCCCAAUAUUUUAUUUAGUGGCACGUGGUUUCAAUCAUUCAACUUUAAGACUUUUGAAUCAUGCAUAAAAAAUCUGCUAUCAUUUUACCAACCUAUAAAUCAUUUGUAGCCGUGUGGUGUUGUGGCUUAUUACAGUUUAAAAAUCACAAACAAUGAAACAGGUCUGAGAACUAUUGCUUUAUUCUUAGGUACAAUCCGAUGACAGUAAAAUCUCUCAAACAAUAUCUAAAUUGUAAUCACUCAGUAUCAGACACAGCUGACUACUCGUACACAGCUCAGGAAGUACACACCCGGGUUUAAAUUCCACCCCCCUGAUAUAGCCACGAUAAUGUCCACGUCAUGAGCUGUUUUUCCCAGGCCCCCGUGGGACAGGUAUGUCCAGAUCAGUGACUGUGAACAUGGAAAUGAAAAACCCCAUAGGUGUCACCCAGCCACAUAAAAAUUUUUAUAAAAUGCAGUUUACAAAAAGUGACACAUUACAAUAGACUUGAUAGAAUGUUAGAUUUUUAAUAUAUCUUUAUAAUUAUUCUACUUAAAAAUGCUAAGGUCACUGACCAGAUUUUACCUUCCCUUCCCCACAUGAAAAAAUUAGAUUAAGUUAAAUGAUGUUAUAUUAAGUCUGACCCAAGGUUCUAGUCAAACUGAUCACCCAUUCUAUAAUGUCAUUUGAUGUCUUCGGCUCACUUCGUGCACACAUUUCUCAUCCCUUGCUCAACAUUCACCCAUUUUUUUCAUUCUUAUUGUGGUGUUAUUGUCUGCAACAGUAGUUCUCCUACAUAAGUGUGCUAAGGACUCCAACUUUUCAAAAAUUUGUACGUUCAAAUCCUUGGGGAUUAAAUGCAGACACUACACUAUUCUAACCUCUCAAUUCAAUACUAUAUUACUCUAAUCUCUCAUUCCAUAAAGUGUCAGGAAUAUUUUUUUCUAUUUUAAAAUUUUCAGCUCAUUAGACUAACAUGUACGAAUACAUCAGGAAAUGAUUUAUGAGAAAUGGAUUCUAUCAACUAGUUACUGAAAAGUCCAGCUUGAUCAUGUCCUUCUCCUCUGUGCUACCUGAGGACGAAGACUUCUUCAGAGCUCCUAACUAUGGAGAUGACCUUGGAGGCGUUAGGAGAAGAACAUAUACGACAAGUGCUGUGAGGACUUCAGUAUCUAGAGCACCAAAGCCAGCACCUCCAAAAGAUGACACAGUUUUUGCAGUUAAAGAUGAUGAAAAUUUCUCAGUAUUUGCUAAGGUAAGUUAUAAUUCUGUACUUUUUCUUAUAUUUUCAUGGAAUGUGUUUUUUAAAUUUCAUUGGAAACUGACAAAUAAGGCCACUUGCAGCAAAAAAACUGUUAAGUUUCAGCUGUAAAAAUAGUUCUUUUGAUGUGUUAUGAUUUGUGACUUCUUAAAAGAUUUUCAUAUCCCAAUUCGUAAUAGGAUUAUGUUUAUUAAAUUUCUAAGUGGGCAAAAUGUUAUAUAAAAAUAAGAACAUUUUUAUUUGCAUCAUUAAUAGCAAUUUCCAGGCUUUAUUUAAUAAAUACUCAGUCAAAUUUGAUAACUUUCAACCAUAAACAUUUCAGGGACGUGACUAUGAGCCUGUUUAUGUUACACAUGAAUACACAGAGCAAGAAAAAGAUACACUCAACACUUAUGAAAGCUGUGACUACUUGCCAAAUCACAGCCAUAUAUUUAAACACUGGAUUAAGAGGCAGAAUAUCUCUGAGUAAGUAAUAUUUGAAUUUUGUGCAUUUUGUUUCCUUGUAAGAGCUAAUUUUUAAAAAUAUAAUGCUUUCAAAAUACAAAACAAAACAUACACUAUGAAAAAAUGUUACAAUUUUAUUUGACAAAAUUUAAUAGGAGACAUUUUGUUACUAAGUUCUUAAGAUAAAAUUUAGGAGUAUUUUUAAUAGGUAAGGGUUUUAUAAGUUAAAUUUUAAAAAAAAAGUAGAUGUAUAUAAUUCACUCACCUGUACAGUGGAGAUUGUUGUCUCACUUUAUGUAACCCCUUCUCUAGAUAAGCCUCAUUUUCUGUCUCGGGUUGAUCCUGUAGUAUAGGCCAAAACGUGCCAAAGUGUCCUCAUUUUAUAGCCAUUUUAAUUGUUUCUAUAGUAUAGUAGUUACUAUCCUAGUGUCUCAUUUUUAUUUUACUUAGUUUACAUGUUUUUAAUAAUUGUAAAGUGGUUAGAGCUUUAAGGUAAGCGCUAUAUAAAAAUGCCUAAAUAAAUAAAUAAAUAAGCCCUCUGAGAAGGUCCUUAUUAUGUAUUGCAUCAUUUUCUUAUUGUGAUAAUGCUUUCUACAAUGUAGUGAUUGAGUACUAUGUUAAAUUAAUUUUUAAACUGUGGUUUAGUCUUGAAACAGAUCGAUGGGUUAUGAUUGGCCUGAUUGGAUUUGUCAUUGGAGUUGUCUCAUUUUUUCUCCAUCAACUUAUUGAAAGAAUUGAUCAUCUUAAGUGGAGGAUCACUAAAGAUUUGCUCAAAGUAAAUUCCAGAGCUGAAAUAAAUAAUAAAUCAAUUCUUGUGUAAUUUUACAUAUAUAAAAUUACUUUUGUUUUUGCUUUGAAUUUAAAUUGAAGUGGCUGCCAUUCUUUUCAGUUACAUAAUGACACAUGUUUUUUUUUUGUCGCUAAACAAACUCUUUAUAUCAACCGUUUAUUUAAAAUUUAUCUGUACCAUUUGUUUCGUUACAAAUUAUUCUUUAUUAUUUUCUGAUUUUAUAGAAACUUAUAUUUUUACUUUAUUCCAUCUUUCAGUGUCACCAUUAUUUACUAGAAUCCCUCACAAACCACAUUUCUUUAUUGAGCUUCUUUUUUAAAAGAAAACUUUAUAAAUUAAUUACACUCAAGCCUAUGUUUAUAUAUAAUCAAAAGUUAAUUGAAAUGACAUUCCUCUCAUUAAUGUGAACAUUUCAUUGCCUUAAACAGGAUGAAAGAAUCUGGGAAGGAUGGUUGUUUUGUGCAGGAUACAGUAUGCUGUUUGCAGUGUUUGCAGCAACUGUUGUUGUGGUUAGUUUUGUAUUUUGAAUUUGAUGAGCUUUUUCCUAUUCUGUUGAUAGUAAUAAACAAAAACAGUGAUUGCUAUAGGAAUUUUACCUAAUAACGGACACUAAUGGUACCGAUUAAUUAUCUAUAGCCUAAUUUGUCUGCUUUUCGUAUCAAAAUUAAUGGCUGACAUUUCAGAAAAGACUAAAAAUGUGAAUUAAAAACUCCCAAAAAGUAUGAUAAAUUAUUUUCUUAGCUUAAAAUUAUUUAUAUAAGGAACUAUUAACACUUAGUUAUUAUUUGAAGGAAUACUUGCCACUGUUUGGCACAAACCAAUCUUGACUCUAACAUGCUUAAAAUUAUUUUAAUACCUUAACUGGAAAUAAAAUUAGAUCUAUCAUUUUUCUGCCAAUUUUUUCUUAUUAUUUCUCAUUCUCUAUUUCAGUCUAAAAAUCAGAAAACGUACUCGUAUUAGAACAUUAAAAAGUAGAUAUUAAUCUUAAUAAUUUUAUAUCUGCUAGUAAAAACAGUGUAUAAAUUGCAUGAAAUAUUAACCCUGUUUAAAAUGUUGAAAAGAGUCAACUUCUUUUUGAACAGUUUUGGCGUCCUAGUGCUGGAGGAUCAGGAAUGCCAGAGGUUACAGGCUAUUUAAAUGGAACACAGAUAAGAAGAAUUUUCAGCAUCAGGACCCUAAUUGCCAAAUUUCUCUCCUGUGUUGCAGCAAUUGGCUGCGGUAUGCCUAUAGGUCCUGAAGGACCAAUGAUCCACAUGGGGUAAGGCUGAAAAAAAACUGUUUUUGUACAAUUAUUUUGAUUUUACUUAUUUGUUACUGAUAAUUAACAUAUCUUAUGCUUUUUAACGACAGUUUCAGUUUGUAAGGAAAUGUUUUAGUCACAGAAAUUUUGAGCAAGAAUGUCUUUUUAACAUUAAUUUGAAAUGAAUUAUAAUUUGAAAUGAAUUGCUUCCCUUUUCCAUUUAUCAUUGUAAAAUUUUUUACAAUUUUUAUACACUAACAAAUUUUAAAUUAUAUUUUGAUUAACUUUGAUUAUUUAGAUAUUUUACUGAGCUGUGUGAAACAGUAUAUUACAAAGGAAAGCAUGCAUGUUAAGUGUUUAUUAUAUUUUUUUCCAAAGUGCAAGCGUUGGUUCUGGAUUAAGCCAGCUGUCAGGAUAUUUAAAGCGAAUCAAUCUGCCAUUUUUUGAAAGGUUUAAAAACCCAGAAGACAAGUGAGAUAUUUGUUGAUGUGACUGUGUCGCCCGAAGCAAAUUCAGAUUUUAAAUAAGACAAGGGAAUAGAAAUUUAAUAUAUUGGGGCAUUAAAUAAUAUUGGGCAGUGCUUACAGAGCCAGAGUCUAUCAAAUUGUGCUAAAAAAAUUAUUUAAUUUGCCCAUCACGCAGAAAAAGUCUUGCUUCUGUUGUUAAUUUAUUUAUGAGACUAAAGCUGCAGUGUUAACAAAAUUUUUAAGGCUUCAAUUUUGCAUGUGGAACUCUGACUUUGUGGUGCACCUGUUGGCUAUCAAUGUUCUUAUGUAUCAAAAUGUUCAUGUAAACAACUAUAUGAAACUCAAUCAAGAUUCACAUCAUUGACCAGUCGUUGUUUUUAUUAUUUUAAUUUUUUUACAGACGUAACUUUAUAACAGCUGGUGUAGCAGCAGGAGUCUCUGCUGCUUUUGGUGCCCCAGUGGGAGGGCUGCUGUUCUGUAUGGAAGAAGUUUCUUCCUUCUGGACCAAAACAUUAGCCUGGCAGAUCUUUUUCUGCUGCAUCAUAGCAACAUCCACAUCUGAUAUUUUUAACUCCGCCUUUGAGAGAUUUCAGAUCAUCGGAAUGUUUGGAGAAUUUAGAACAAGUCGUUACAUUCUAUUUAAUGUAAGCUAAUUGAAUAGUCAUUACACUCCAUUUAAUGUAAGUUGAUAUAUUAGUGGGAUAGAGUUUUUUAGAAUUUUAUAGAUUAAUUCAUUAAAUUAUUGUCAACAACUAAAUGAACUCUUUAAAAGAACAUGAGUGUCCCCUAUCCAUAAUUGAUUCAUUUCUUUCAUCAAAUUCUUUAACAUGUUCAUAUGUCGUAGUCAUGCCGAAUGGAACGCAAAUCCUUUUCCAUUAGCAAUGUAACUUCAAUCCAGAAAACAUAUCUAUCAGGCUAUACGUUUAAUCAAACAUAUGUAUAAUGCAGAUCCCUAUAAGAAGGAGAAAUAAUGCACAACCAUCCACUACAAGGUUUUUUUUAAUCAAUGCUGAACCAAACAUGUAGUAAGCCAAAGACAGUCUAGGCACUAGUCAUAAUUACAAUAAAUAUAGGUCACCCACUUAAAGGCAGGCAAAGCUUUCAAUAAGUUUUAACUCUUAAAUCACACUGCACAGAAUAAAAUAAUAUCUGGUUGCGCAACAAUUACUGGUGAUGAAUUCUCAUACUCUAUAAUUAGUUGGCAAGGUUUAUUUUGUUUACCAUAUUUGUAGCUUGAAUUUGAAGUCUAGGAGUGAGAGUGUUGCACAUUUUGACAGAGUGGACACCAUAACACUAAGUUUUACCACUAAUUUUUCAUAUUUCACAGCUCUAUCAGCUUUUGAACCAGGACUUUAAUUGAUCAUAUUUUAGCUAGAUUUUGGGUUCGUGACCAAGAGUAAAAGUAUAUGAUUUUAGUUUGGGAAAUAUUUUAUCAGACUUUGCGAUCUUAACUUUAAAAAAAAAAUAAAUAAAUCAUUUUUCUUCUUUAAUAAUGUUUAUUCUUAAAAUAGACAAUGUGGCCCAUAUGCCCUUCUGUUAAGGUUCAAACUAUAUUUUGUGAAUUGCUAUUAAGUUUUAAACUAUAAUUUCUGUAGAGCUAAUAAGUUUAAACUGUAAUUUGACUGACAUAAUUAAUAAAUUUUGAAUGAAUUUUUCUACAUGUUUUCUCUACCUUUCAUUGCAGGUAGAUGAAGCUGUUGAUAUUAAUAUAUUAAUGUUCAUUCCAUCCGUUAUCAUUGGUGUUAUUGGAGGUCUUUUGGGAUCCCUGUUUACUAUUCUCAAUCUCAAAAUUCAUCGGUACCGUAAACGUAUCUUGGCUUCAAUUAGUCGGCAGUGGGUUGUGAGACUUGUCCGUCUCCUGGAGCCUGCUCUCAUCAUGGUAAGACAAUUCAAAAUAAUUGUUUAAUCAUAGGCCUGACUCCUUUUAUUAUUUCAUUUUUGGUGAAGUAUAUCUUAAUUUUCUUUAAUUGCCAUAUUUAGCUAGAUUGUGACUAAAUUCUAAAAACAUACUAAUGACAACAGAAAUCCUUGUAUACUAAUGAUAACAGAAAUCCUUGUAUACUAAUGGUAACAGAAAUCCUUGUAUACUAAUGAUAACAGAAAUCCUUGUAUACACACUAAUGUCCCGGACAGCAAAUAGGAUAAAAAAUCUUAUAAGACCUUUUCAUUUUCUCUCUAAACAGCUGAUCAUGAGUUCUUUCUCUGUGUUCUUACCAAUGGCAUUCUCCUGUAUACCUUUCACUUGUAUCAAAGGAGAAACUGGCAUUUUAAGGUAAGCAUUUUUGUUUUGUAUGAGAUUUUUACACAUUCCGCUUUAAAACUUUGACUAUAAGUAGAGUUAACCUCAAUGAAGAUAAUGAAAGUUUGACAUCAAUAAGAGAAGUGAAUUUAAUGAAAAUGAGGUGAUAUCGGAAAGUUUCGAAGACCAAGGUUUAAGAAAUGUUACAGAAUAAAUUAUUAACAUUGUUUGCGAUCUCAUGCAAAAUGGCUCCCAAAUAGUUCAAAGGUUCUUAUUUUUGAAGGCUGUUGCUGAUUCUGUUUGGGUGGGUUUUUUUUUUAAGGGGUUGAAGUGGCACCUCCUUAACUGCAAUGUCAUAUUUUGGACUUUUGUUUUGUCAUACCUGCAAAUGAAACUUCAUCACUUGUGAUGAUUCUAGAUGAAAUAUGGGAGUGCAAGACUUAGCAAAACAAAGUCAGGGGGUGUGCCAGACCAGACUAAAAUUUUUUUGGGGGUGCAGAGUAUAGAAAAGGUUGGGAAACACUGGUGUAGACUGAGCAAGAUGAAUUGUCUCCCAAAAGGUUGAAAAGGUUGAUGAGGCACUGACCUUAAGAAACACAGACCCUCAGACUCUCGACUGAGAACGUUGAGUUAUAAAAUAAAAGCAAAUAGAACUCUCUGGUAAUACCUCGUAUGAGUUCAGCUUAACUUGAUUGGAAAUUUUAUAUAUAUAUUUAUAUAUAUAUAUAUAUAUAUAUAUAUAUAUAUUAAACACACACUCUCACACUCUCUAGAGAGAAAGUAGAGAUAUAAAAAAAAAAAAAAGAGAUAUCUCUGGAAAUAUCUCGUAUGUGUUCAUCAUAAAUUUUUUAGAUAUUAUAUAUAUAUAUAUAUAUAUAUAUAUAUAUAUAUAUAUAUAUAUAUAUAUAUAUAUAUAUAUCUUUAAACACUUUUAAUGAUAAUUUGUUCACCAUUUGAUUAAAGUGAACAAAAUCAAAUGAGAAUUUAAUCAUUUUAUAAGAAGCUUUAAUGUGUUUGGAUUAUUUAAAAAGUAAAAAGAAUUUCUUUUGUAAUUUCUCAAGUGAAUGUUCUAUUUUUCUAAUGUCUGUGUCUAGUGAGUACUGUGUGAAUGAUACAAUGAAUAAAUACGACUCCCACUUUGUUGAAGAAAACAUUUUCCACACCUGCAACGUAGGGACAUAUUAUUUAGAUGGAACCACAUUUGUGUACAACGGAACCUAUAAUGAAUGUAAGUUGAAAAUUGGUUGAUAUUUAUUUUGUCAUACAUCUGUUCUGUAGAAGAAAAAAAUUUUUUUUAAUGUGUUUGGUUUGUCCGAGUCUUAUACAGAUGUUAAAGUAAACUUAAUAGUCAAUUUUUAAUUUACUCAAAAGUGCACUUUUAUAUACAUUGACUAAAUUUGGCAGUUAAGGUUGUUGGUUUUUUUUUGGGGAGGGGGGGGGGGUCACUGAAUAGCUGAAAUAACAUUGACAGAACAAUUUUUGGAGGGUUUGAAACUGAUGUAAUGAAAUAAAUUUUAUUAUAAGUUAGAGAACUCUUUCACCAUGGAAUUUUUUUAACGAAAUAAUUUAUAUUUUUUUCAAAGAGCAAAAAAGAGUGAGAGAUUGGGUUUAUUAAAACAUAUUUAAAAUAUUAUUUUUUUUGGUCUAUAAGGCUAAGUUGGCUAUCUAAUAAAAUAUAAUUGAAUAGACUAUAUGUUUGUAAACUUAUGUCUUCAAAUUAACUAGAAUAAGUAACAGAAAUGAAACUUAAAAUGUGAAAACAUGAAAUGCAAAACCUUCCCCCCACGCCCUUUGAUGUUGGCUUACAUCUUCUUAACUGCUAAAACUCAAAUCAUCUGUUGAUCACCAAAAAAAGUGAAGAAUGUUAAUAAAAUAAUGGCUGUGACUAUUCACACCCGGGUAUCAGAAGUGAGAGGUUGGGAUUAAAAAAAUAUUUAAAAUAUAAUUGUUGGGUUUGUAAGACAAAAUGAGGUAUCAAAUGAAAGAUAAUUGAAUGGACUAUAUGUUUUUAAACUUACUUCUUCAGUUUAACUAAAAUAAACUACAACAAAUGACAUCCGAAUGGGAUUUAGUCUAAAAGGACCCGGGUACACAUAGCCGCUAUUUGGUGUUUAGGCUAACAUAGGACAGGUGUUUAGGGUACAUAGGACAGAUGUUUAGGCUAACAUAGGACAGGUGUUAAGGCUAACAUAGGACAGGUGUUUAGGCUAACAUAGGACAGGUGUUAAGGCCAACAUAGGACAGGUGUUUUUAUUUCAAUAUCAGUUAUUUUUUUAAUAGUUGAUUUCAUUUUACUCAUCAGAUAUAUCAACCUUUCAACACAUUUCAUUAGACUCAUUGCACUUAAUGCAUUUUUUUUAAACAGGAAAGUCUAAUAAUGCAACUUGAUGCACUGCAAGUUUAGCACAAUUCAUUGUUAAAUUACAAACAAUUUUUUAGCAAGGUUCAUUUUAAAAUAACUGAUUUCUUGAUUCCACUUUCUAUCUCUCUAUCUCUCUUUCUUGUAGUAUCUCUUCUGAUCUUCAGCUCCAAAGAUGAAGCCAUGAAAACUCUCUACCUGCGCAACUCUCACAAGAUGUUCAACUACGGACCACUCUUUGCCAGUUUGGCCAUCUAUUUUGUGAUGGUUUGCUGGUCUGCUGGCACAUCCGUGGCUGCUGGUAUCCUUGUACCCAUGCUGUAGGUUUUAUUUUCUCUGCUUUGUUGUUUUGAUUUUGACUAGCCCCAAACGAUAAACUGACUAAUAGUGAAUUAACAUAAUGUUCAAAAUUACUUCUCCUAUUAUUUGAGACAGCUAAGUUGGAUCUUGGCCAGUCUUUUAAUUGUUGCCAAAAGAAUGGUUGGGUGAACAUUCUUGUAAAAUGUGCAAAAAACAAAGUUAUAUUAGAUCAAAACAAAAAAUGAUACAGUUAGUUGGUUAAAGUUAUUCUGUAAUUCCUAAAUGUUAACAAAAGUAACUUUUCUUUGUGCAACAGCUCCUUACAACAGUCAUACAAUAACUCUCUGGAAAGUUCUAACAAAACCGUUCUGCACCAAAGCCUACACAGAAUAGAGUUACCUAGCUUUUAAAAUAAAUUAAUGUGUGACAUUAAAGAUGUUAAAGUAUGAGUGGGCCCAAUUUUUUUUAUCAUACUACAAAAAUAAGCAUAUAUUUUACCCAAAUAUUUUACCCUAUUUUAAUUCUUAACUUGUAUUAAAACUUUAGAGACCAUAAAAUUAAUUUUAAAAAUAUGCACAAUGAAGAUCUGUGCAAAGAUUGAGUCCCUACCUUUCCCUCAUAGUUGUCUCUUAUCGUCUAAACAUCCAAUCUAAAUUGUAACACUUGCUGUGGUGGAGUUAUAGUAAUCUAAUUAGCUUUUUCAUAGGAAAUUUUAUCAUUAUCAGAUGUGCUGUUCUUUGUUUACUUAUAGGAUGAUUGGUGCUUUGUAUGGCAGAAUAGUUGGUCUAAUCAUGGUGGACAUCUUCGGGGUCCAUUUAGAUGAUGAUUACUUAAGCUGGAUGGAUCCUGGGGCCUUUGCCCUGAUUGGGUCAGCCUCUUUCUUUGGUGGUGUGGCUCGACUUGCCCCAGCUAUUACUGUCAUAAUGGUGAGAUACUUAGCACAACAAAAUUUUAUCUGAUAUAACUGGAUUAUUUGACUUCACUAACAAAAUUUUCUUAAACCUAUUUCAUGCCUGGAAAUUUUGAAUAUUUAAAUGUACAAAAAUUUGCUGGCCAGGUCACAGUGCCAAUCUUGUUUUGCUCCUCUUUCUACCCUUAUCCAACUGAGGUUUUUAUAUUUUUAAAAAAAAUUAAAAAAUUGUUUAAAUCUCAGAGACCAGUGAUUAUUAUAAAAUGCUAAAUUUUAUUUAUGAUCUCUUUAUUUAAUGAAUAAAGGACAUCCAUCUAAGAAAUGUUUUGUCAUGUCUUGAACAGAAAAAGAAGAGAAAAAAACACUUAUUUACUUAAUGCUUUUUCUAAAUAAUGCCUAGAGUAAAUAGUUUUCCUUUGAUAGUGCUGAGUCCUCUCAUAAUUGAGGUUUAGCUUUGUUGCAUCUCUGAUCCCAGAUGGAACUGACCAAUGACCUAAAGGUACUGCUGCCUGUGAUGACAGCUGUCAUGGUGUCCAAAUGGGUUGGAGAUUUCUUCACACAUCCGUACUUCCAUGCCUUGCUGGAACUGAAGUGCAUCCCAUUUCUGAAUCAGCAUCCACAUGUCAGAAUUGAUAGCACAAAGUAAAUGAGUUUAGUUGAUGUGUAAACUUCUGAAUCAUGGAAAUUUAUUUCUUAAUUUUUAAAUGCAAUAAUGAAUAUAUUACAGUAAAACCUGGAAACAACAAACACUGAAAUAGCAUUGUCACUGGUAUAUCCCAACUCACUCAUUUUGCUAACAUAUAGUAUUACCAAGAAAAUGUAAAUAGCAGCAGUGCAUAUACUGGCCUAGUUAUGUUGUUUUAUAAUCAAGGACUGGAAGCAGGAGGAUUUUCUUUGACUUAACUUCAUGGCAUGAAAUGAUGUGACAAGUAAACAUUUCUACCCUAUAAUUUAUGGUCCUAGUAGAAAUGUCCUCAGUAACUCAAAUUUUGUGUACCACUUUAUCUCAAAUGUGUACCACUUUAUCAUAAAUCUUAACAUAACAAAUGGUACUAUCAACAGUUUAAAAAACACUAAGGCAGAGUUUUAACAUGGAAGGGACAUCAUUCAGAAAUUUAUAUUAAUCUAAUAUUUUUGCAGUUGUUGUAUUGGUGUGUGUGGAUAGAUUUUUUUUUGCCAUUACAACACUUAACUUAUCUUUUUUUUUAUACCCUUCAGUGUGAAGCUUGACCUUUUCGCUGCAGAAGACAUCAUGGCUUUUCCAGUUGUCUCCCUGAAUCUGGUGGAACAUGUUCCAAAAAUAGCACAAAUCUUAUUGGACUAUCAGCACAACGGCUUCCCUGUUGUGAGAAAGAACAAAGAAGGCAAAAGAGUUUUCUACGGCUUAAUGACCAGGUAACGCAACUGGGUUGAAAUAACUGAAGAUAAUUGAAUGCCUCAUACUAAUAUUUUUUUUAUUACUUCCAAAAAAAACUGUUAAUAUCAUUAAUGUCUUUAAAAAAUGGUUUAAUUAUAGUCAAGUAAUAGUUUUUUUUAAUUUUGAAUCUGAAAUAAGAAUUUGGUUGUGUCAUUGCAAAAAGAUAAUUGAAAAUGAUUUGAAUGAUUAAACACAACACUGAAAUAGAAAUUAUGGUUUGAAUGAUUAAACGCAACACUGAAAUAAAAAUGGUUUGAAUGAUUAAACACAACACUGAAAUAAAAAUGGUUUGAAUAAUUAAACACAACACUGAAAUAGAAAUGGUUUGAAUGAUUAAACACAACACUGAAAUAGAAAUGGUUUGAAUGAUUAAACACAACACUGAAAUGAAAAAGGUUUGAAUGAUUAAACACAACACUGAAAUAAAAAAAUGUUUGAAUGAUUAAACACAACACUGAAAUAAAAAUGGUUUGAAUGAUUAAACACAACACUGAAAUAAAAAUGGUUUGAAUAAUUAAACACAACACUGAAAUAGAAAUGGUUUGAAUGAUUAAACACAACACUGAAAUAGAAAUGGUUUGAAUGAUUAAACACAACACUGAAAUGAAAAAGGUUUGAAUGAUUAAACACAACACUGAAAUAAAAAAAUGUUUGAAUGAUUAAACACAACACUGAAAUAAAAAUGGUUUGAAUGAUUAAACACAACACUGAAAUAAAAAUGGUUUGAAUAAUUAAACACAACACUGAAAUAGAAAUGGUUUGAAUGAUUAAACACAACACUGAAAUAGAAAUGGUUUGAAUGAUUAAACGCAACACUGAAAUAAAAAUGGUUUGAAUGAUUAAACACAACACUGAAAUAAAAAUGGUUUGAAUAAUUAAACACAACACUGAAAUAAAAAUGGUUUGAAUAAUUAAACACAACACUGAAAUAGAAAUGGUUUGAAUGAUUAAACACAACACUGAAAUGAAAAAGGUUUGAAUGAUUAAACACAACACUGAAAUAAAAAAUGUUUGAAUGAUUAAACACAACACUAAAAUAAAAAAGGUUUGAAUGAUUAAACACAACACUGAAAUAAAGAUGGUUUGAAUUCUCUCAGGGUUGUAUCAGGUUUGAUUGCUUAGAUCUUUUGAUAAAUAAAUUCAAUAUUUGUUUUCCCCGGAAGGAACAAAAAAAACAUGUUCAACACAUUUUUCCUGUGCAUGUUUGCCAGAUCUGACCUGUUAGUGCUCCUGGAUCACCGGUCUGUCAUGUGUCAAGGUCCAGUUGAACCCAUGAAUGAUGAAACAGUGGACAUUGCAUCCAUUGAAUACGAUAAGGCAUGUUUCUUUAUUUGUUAAAUUUCUUUUUGUUGUAAAAUUUGUUCAGCUAAUUAUUUUGAACUUUUAUGACCAUUCUAUUUUGCAUUCCUUUUUUUUUAAAAAUUAAAACAAAACUAUUUUGUUUUUGUUUUUUUUGUCUUGAAGAGAGAAGCAAUUUCUUUAGUAAUUUAAUGGAUUUUAUUUGUUUUAAAUUUUUAAUAUUUCAUUGUUUAUUUUAUAAUCACAGCCAGUCAGAAUAUUAUGUUUCCAUAACACUUUUAAACCAAUUAUCAGUUACAAGAUUUAUUUUCUAGGCUAUUACUAUUAACUUUGUACUUUAUCUGAUAUUUUCAAAGAUGUUGAAAGGUAAAAAAGAUGAGGAGGAAAUCAACACACGAUUUCUGCUACAGUUUGUUGCUGAAAAUUCAGACUAUAAAGAUUAUUACGUCGACAUGGUAAGAAUCUCAUACAAUGUUUUGUUCUUCUUCUAUGUUUUGAGGGCCUACAAUCGAUGUAUCGAUCAUUCUGGCUCAUGUGUUUGCAGAGGGGUUUGCGAGAUCUGUAACGUUGAGAUCCAUAUCCCAACAGCAUGAUGACUGAUAGAUCUUGCUGACUGAUAGUUAACAAUGACUGAUAGAUCAUGGUGGAAGUCUGAUAAUUUUAGAAGUUGCUACACUGCAAGGGAGGUAAGUCACAAACUAUUUCUAGCGACGUGGCGAUUAGAGGCCGACCGAAAGUGAUUUUCUGAUUUCGGCCGAAGCCGAAAACAGGCAGAAAGUUUAAAAUGACUUUCGGCCGAAACCGAAAAAAGGCCGAAAGUUUAAAAAUGACUUUCGGCCGAAACCGAAAAAAGGCCGAAAGUUAAAAAUGAAUUUCGGCCGAAGCCGAAACCGAAAAUGAAAUAUUUAGAUAUUUUGAAAUUCGUUCCCGCAUACAUUUUGCAUACAUCGAAAAUGAUGUGGGAAAGUAUAAAUAUUUACAUUAUUUUUAUAAAAAUGAGAUAAUUGUGAAUAUUAAUAAAUAAACAUCUAAUAUAGGGGUCUCAAACUCGCGGCCCGCGAGCCAUUUGUGACCCGCAAGACGAUAUUUUGCGGCCCGCNUUUUUUUUUUUUUUUUUUUUUUUUUUGGUAAUGUUUCUAUAUAUUUUUUAAUGCAACAGUGAGUAGGUGGAUGAAAGUGAAUCCUAGUUCUUGAGAACCCUUAAUGAGUUUAUUGUUAUUUAUAAAGGUUGAGCAGACUGUAACAGUUGUAGUCGCUUUUUUGUGGAUUACUUGAUGAGGCCCACUCUCAUUCAGACACUACCUCCUGCGGCCCCCCUCCCCCUGGUGAUUUGAGUUUGAGACCCUUGAUCUAAUGAAUACUUUGGAUUUUACCAUUUUAAUAUAAAAGUAAUUUAAAUUGCGUUACAAUUUUUUUAAUUAGUAUGUUAGGAGAAAAUUUGGCAAAAAUUGAGGUGGGGGGGAGGAAAUUAAUGCAAAGUAUUAUUUUUUUAAACCGGGUCUCUAAAAAUUGUGAUUCUAAAAUAUCCCUUAAUUUAUUAAGAUCGUUUAGUUGGUUGUUAUUGAUCGCUUAAUUUGUUGUUUAAGAUCGUCCAGUUUUUGUUAAUGAUGGCUUUAUUUUUUCUUAAAGAUCGGUUAGUUUGUUCAUAAAGAUCGCCUGGUUUGUUGUUAAAGAUCGCUUAGUUUUUCACAAAGAUCGCUUAGUUUGUUCUUAAAGAUAAUUGAUUUUGUUCCUUAAGAUUGAUUAGUUUGUUGUUAAAUAUCAUUUAGUUUGUUCUCAAAGAUCGCUUAAUUUGUUCUUACAUGUCGCUUAUUUUGUUGUUAAAUAUCGCUUUUGCUGAGUAUUAAAUGACCGAAAACUUGAGUCACUUUCCGGCCGAAAGUCUAAGUCAAUUUCGUCCGAAACCGAAGAAAAACCGAAAGUUAACUUUUCUCUUUCGGUCGAAACUGAAAUUAAGCCGAAAGUUAACUUUUCAGUUUCGACCGAAACUUGGCCGAAAGUGAUAAAAUGGCCACUUUCGGCGCCGAAACCGAAGCCAAAAUUCGGUCGGCCUCUAGUGGCGAUCAAAUGAUGACCUGCUCUUUUUGGAUUAAUUUUUUUUAAUUAAAUUAAUUUGCCAAUUUAAUGUUCAUUAUAGCAUUUUGUAAAAAAAUCUUUCUGGUAAAAUCAUAAAAACGGAUAUUUACUAUUUAUUAUUAAUUGAAACCAUUCCAAAUAUUUUUCUGCGCUGAACAUUGCAUGAUUUGUUUUACUAGAAACUUGUAUGCUUUUUCCCCCUUUAAAUUGAUUUGAUUUUCCUUCUACAGACCCCUUACGUGAACCAGUCGGCUCUCUCGAUACAGACUAAAUUUUCAUUGCAAAGAGCAUACACUUUGAUUAGUGCACUUGGUCUACGUCACCUUGUUGUUGUCAACGGUAACAAUGAGGUAAUGACCCCAGCAGUUUUUAUAAUGGAACUAAAUCAUUCACAUUCUAACAUCAAUGUAUUGUAGGACAUUGUUAUAGACAGACACCAAUGUAUUAUAGGACAUUGUUGUAGACAGACAUCAGUGUAUUAUAGGACAUUGUUGUAGACAGACAUGAAUGUAUUAUAGGAUGUUGUUGUAGACAGACAUCAAUGUAUUGUAGAGCAUUAUUGUAGACAGACAUCAAUGUAUUAUAGGACGUUAUUGUAGACAGACAUCAAUGUAUUGUAGGGCAUUAUUGUAGACAGACACCAAUGUAUUGUAAGGCAUUGUUGUAGACAGACAUCAAUGUGUUAUAGGAUGUUGUUCUAGACAGACAUCAAUGUAUUAUAGGAUGUUGUUGUAGACAGACAUCAUUAUUUUAUACUCCCAGCCAGAAACAUCUAAAUGGAAAAGUCUCAAGAGGAACCUUUGGAGUUCUCUUUAUUGCAUGCACAUGUCUCAAUGCUUGGCUCUUAAGUGUGAUGUUCUGAUGUGCAUGUCCAACUGCUAUCUUAAAUGAUCUAUUUUGAAGUGCAUGUCUAACUACUUCUAUCUAAAGUGAUCUCUUCUGAUGUGCAUGUCUAACUACUUCUAUCUAAAGUGAUCUGUUCUGAUGUGCAUGUCUAACUACUGCUAUCUUAAGCCAGAUUUUCUGUUUGCCAGGCAUGCAGUGGUAGGAAAAUAAUAAAUAUUAUUAUACACUUAAAAUUUUUUGUUUUUGGUGUGUUUGGGGAGGCACCACUGUCACAGGAAUUGUGCUGUCACAAGUGAAAUCCUAAUGUGUGAUGCAAACCAUUGUUGUUGUCUUUGGUGUUACCAUUUCUGCAUUCUUUCAUCAAACUUACGCAGGUCAGAGGGAUGAUCACAAGAAAAGAUUUGAUGGGCCAUCACAUGGUUGAGUUUCUGUCUCCCAUUCUACAGACAAGGCCGUACUUCAGGACAAACUCUAAAGUACAUGUUAAUGACCCUGAGGCCCCUGGAUCAAACCCUGGUGAACACAACGAGGGCGUCCCAAGCACGAAUGAAACAACUAUUGAACUUAGUGAACACAAUCCAUCGCUACAGGUCUGUGUUCAACCAAGCUUUGUCGUGACACAGCAUUAACUAAUCGGUUAUUCUAGUUCUAGGAACGAACUAAUCAAAAUGUAAACAUGAUAAAGAUGGGGUAUAUCAGUUUAUCUUGCAUUAUAUAUUUUUGUAAAAAUGCCACUUUGAUUAAUAGAAAGAUGUCAUGCUUAAUGCCAUUAUUUGUGAAAAAAUGUAUUUUAAUGAUUACUUUUAUUCUACCUUGCCAAAUACAUCUUUCUAUUUAGUAUGUAGUUUUUGUUAAAAACUUUUUAUAAAUUUACUACUUUUGUGUGCCUGAUAUGGUAGAACUGUUUAAAGUACAAUGAUACCUAGAAAUCUGAACACCCCAGAACUCAAACAACUUGGAUUCUGAACAAAAAAGUUGAGCAAUUUGUGCCAAAAUCCUAACGAUGCUUUGGACUCCCCAUGCCCAGGACAUUGGUCAGUUUUUGUGGAUGCGCUUCCCCAGUAGACGGGCCGCCCAAACGCUUUACGUUAGAGACCGACCGAAAGUGAUUUUCUGAUUUCGGCCGAAGCCGAAAAUAAGCCAAAAGAUUAAAAUGACUUUAGGCCGAAACCGAAAAAAUGCCGAAAGUUUAAAAAUGACUUUCGGCCGAAACCGAAAAAAGGCCGAAAGUUAAAAAUGAAUUUCGGCCGAAGCCGAAACCGAAAAUGAAAUAUUAAGAUAUUUUGAAAUUCGUUGCCGCAUACAUUCUGCAUACAUCGAAAAUGAUGUGGGAAAGUAUAAAUAUUUACAUUCUUUUU